AUGAACGGCGAGGCCAGCGUCACCGGUGCGGCGGCAGCGGUGCGCGUGCUCGCCGUGUCGCGUGUCCCGCCGGCGCCGGCCCCGGCUGAGAGCGGUGCCGGCGAGGCGUGCGUGAAGCUGUCCUUAUUCGACACGUUCUGGGUCGCGCUGCCGCCGAUCCAGCGGGUCUUCCUCUACGACCUUCCCGGCGGCGACGGCGCGGACGACGAGUUCCAGGCGGCGGUGACGCGGCUCAAGGACUCCCUCGCUGCCACGCUUGCGCUCUACCUGCCGCUGGCGGGCAAGCUGGCGUACAUCGCCGAGACCGGGGACGUCGUCAUUGACUGGGCCGGCGACACCGGGGUGGCUUUCAUCGAGGCCGAGGCGGCUGGCGGCGAUGGCAUGAUGGACGUGCGCCGGCUGGCCACCGACGAGGCACACGACGUCCCGGCGUUCCUGGCCCUGGUCCCAGAGGUCGACACCCGGGCGCUCCCGGCGCCCGUGCUGUUCGUGCAGGCCACGCGCCUCCCCGGCGGCCUCGCGCUCGGCCUCUCCGUGCACCACGCCGUCGCCGACGGCCAGGCCGUCUGGCGAUUCGUCGGAGCCUGGGCGGCCGCCGCCCGCGACGGGUUCCCGGUCACGAAGACGCUCGGCGCGCCGCACUACGACCGGGAGGCCGUCCGCGUCCCCAAUGGCGACGAGCUCGCGCGCGAGAUGCUCAGGAAGCUCGCGCCCAACCUCCCCGCCACCAACACCGCAAGGAAUCGCGGCUUCAGCCAGCGCUCCCGGCUGGGGCGCCGCACCUUCUACUUCACCGGCGACGGCAUCCAGGCGCUCAAGCGCCGCAUCGACGAGCUCGCCGCGGCCGAGGAGACCACCGAGAACGCCGCGGGCAGUAACACCACCACCACCAAGAAGAAGCCGGUGGUGUCGACGUUCGUGGCACUGGCGGCGCUGGGCUGGACGGCGUUCGUGCGCGCCAAGUCCCUGGCCGCCGGCGACGACACGUACCUGGUCUUCCCCGCCGACCUGCGCGCGCGGCUGGACCCACCCGUCGCCGACGGCUACCUGGGCAACUGCGUCAAGGGAUGCCUGGCGAGCGCCGACGCGGGGGACCUCGUCGGCGCGCGGGGUCUCCUGGGCGCGUGCCGCGCGAUCCAGGCGGCCGUGGCGGAGAUGGAGGCGGCGCCGCUGGGCGGCACGGAGCGGUGGAUCGAGAAGAUGAUGUCGCUGUCGUUCCAGCGGCUGUGCGACAUGGCGGCGAGCCCGCGGUUCCGCGUGUACGAGGCGUCGGACUUCGGGUUCGGCAGGCCGGCGCGCGUGGAGCUCGUGUCCAUGAACCACGACGGGGGUAUGGUGCUCGUCGCCGGCAGGGAGGACGGCGAGGUGCAGGUGUCCGUGUCGCUGGACCCGGCCCGCAUGGAGGAGUUCAAGGCGCACAUGCUCGCCGCUCCGGCGCCGGCGAACUGA